UGAUGACUCGCUUGUAUAUGCACACUGUUAUUUGGAGCCCGCUUGUAUCUGAGAGUGUCAAUCGGUGACUAAACAAUUUAUUGAACUGUUUUUAAAUUUAUUAGGCAUCGUACGAAAAUGAGUUUUGGAUUCAAUGCUUUGAAAACAACACCAAAGGAUUUCAAUGAUUCAAACGCAGCUAGUACUACUUAUGGAAUAGAAAGUCCUAUGGUUGCUGGAUUGGGUGCUGCUAGAAAACGACUUGGUUUUUCUCAUCAACUUGAAUCAUCAGAGCUCAAUUACCAAAAAAAUAAAGACCGUAUGAACAUGAUCAUGUUGCGCAAUACUCAAGGGCUGCAUGCACCAAUGCGCCUUGCUAUGGAAAUUAAAUCAGCAGAAAGAAUUGGGAGACUGCCUUUCUUGCCAUCAUCAAACCUCAUGAGGGAUGUCAUACUUGGACGUGAUGAGGACAUUUGUUUUGAAGAUAUAUUAAACACAGCUGAAUUCAGGGAACAAAUGGGACAACCCCAUGCUGUCGUUGAAAAAAGUUUAGGCAUUCUGUAAGGUUGGUCUCUGGUCUGCUAAUUAUCUAAGGAAUUACUUAAAUUUGUUCUUUAUUUAUAAAAUCUUUUAAUAAACCUCUUAUGUAUAAAAUUUACAAUGAACAAUACUCGAUAUAAUUCCUCAAUUAGUA